GCAACAUUCAAGCAGCCGUAGGCAGUUGUUCUGGCGAUUUAGCACUAGCGGAGAAGUCAGUCCUUGUUUUGGCUGUUAACUAUAACCGUAAAUUGCACCAUAAAUAAGACAAAAUAUAAGUACGAUAACGUUAUUUUGUUAGGACAACGAUGGGAACGCUAACGGAAGAAGACGCGCCCAAGCUAUCCCGGAUAGAAUUGCGCAAGCAGAAACUUGCAGAGUACUUGUUGACGAAAGGCAGGUUUAAACCACCAAAUCCAAAGCCUUAUCUUAAGGAGAGUGCAGUUCUGAAGAAGAACCCAGGAGUUAUGCAGAGGUCCUGCGCUUCAGGCAAAGGAAAGGAAAACAGUGCCCCAACAUGUGUGAAUAAAGAUGUAAAGAUGAGAGGUGCCCUGACAGAGAAGAAUAAAAGCACUGAUACUUCAAAAAAGGAGAUGAGAACUCUGUCCAGAGUUCCUUCUGGCACUCUUCAGCAUUCCACACUCAAACCCAUUGUGUCUCAAAUACCCAUGCAACAUUGCAGAACACUCUCCAAAGGAACAGCUACUGUCAGAAACAUCUCUAUUAAAGACCAGCAAGCAAAAUCAACUAUUCAAACAAGUUUUGGGACACACAAACAAUCUAAGACUGUUAAGGUCACUCGAGAAUCUGGGAUUGGGCAAGCAGAAACUGCUCAUGGGACAUGUUCUGUCAGAUCAUAUGCAAGCACUGCCAAGACAGACCAGCCAAAGAAGCAGUUUGUUGAUAGAAUGGAUUCUUAUUCUGAUAAAGUGAUUUCCAGAACUCAUAUUAAAUGUCCCACAACAGCAGAGCAGUUGCGAAACAUGGCGUCAAGCAGGACUGAGGCAAAAGCAAUGACUAAAGCACAGAAUAGAUUCCCGCAGAUGUCCACCAGUAAGACGGGUGUAGCAAAACGAUGGGGUAGUCAUGAUUUAGGCAGAGCUUGCAGUGGCACUGUACAGAUUGAUAAACCUUUGGUCAGGAAUUCACAGACAGAAAAAGGCAGGUCAGAAACAACUCAGAAUAAGUCACUUUCUCAAACAAACGAGCCAGGAAAAAAGCCUGGUCGCACUGCCAUACAAAUAACAUCUACCACAGAGAAACAAAGAUCGACUCUUUUUUCAAAAGUUAAUAAUGCUGCAGAUGUUUCCAAAACAACAAAAGUGACCACAGCAGGCAGUAAAAGUGCGCUUCCAAGGCCGUGCACCACGGUUAAAUUGCCCUUAAACCCCACUGUUCGCGCUUCAGUGCCACCGAGUUUUCCACAACAGUCCAAGAACUCCAGCAACACCAAGGGGACAAUGCAGCUUAAGACCCCCAAAACACAGUUCAACCCUGGGACCCAGGGUGUUAGGACUGUCCCGCUGGAUGGAAGAAAGAACUCAUCUGCUGCUCAGGAAGAAAGAAUGCGUAAACUGCAGGAAUGGCGAGAAUCAAGAGGCAUAACAUAUAAACGUCCUCCGAUGCCUGUUAAGCCAGUGAGGAGGAAGACUACUGCUGCUCUUUCUCAGAGUUACUGGACUACUAUAGAACAGGAAGAUGAGGUCCACGGCUUUGUUUGUGCCGUGGAUCAAUCACUGAAUGACUGCAUCAAACUUCUACAGCAGGGCUUUCCUGUGGACCAAGUGAGAGAUGUUGUGACUCGGCUGCCAAUGGCGAAGAAAUUUGCCAAGUACUGGAUCUGCCAGGUCAGGCUGAUGGAAAGAGAGGGAAACCUUGACAUUUUGCCAACGUUUGAGGAGGCUAUUCGUGUUGUCAGAGAACCUGUGGACGAACUGCGCUCUGUGGUUUUUGAGAUCCUGAAAAAGAAAGAGGCAAAAGCUUCAUGUUUCACUCCGGUGCAGAAAGAGAAGGAAGUGCAUAGUGAGGAAGAGGAAAAGUCCCACUAUGACAUGCAAACCCCAAAACCUGUUGGUGCAUUGAUCCGUGGUGAAAAGGGAGACUCAUCUGUAAUAAAAUACAAGAUCACUGCUACUCCUGGCGGGAAAAGGAGCCAGCAGAGGGAGAAAUCGCAGCGAGUUAAUGGCCAUGAAAUUCGUUUCUUUACUCCGGUACGCCGUUCCCUGCGAAUCGAGAAAACGGGUCCUCGGUACCCAGCGGCCCUGCAGGAGCAGGACCCUUGUGUGACCUCACUCCAAGACCUUUUGACAGAUGGUGAAAGCGGGGCUGACGGCACACGUGCAGUAGAGCCACCAGACUCCCCGCUCUAUGUGUACCGUGAGAACGAAGCCCUGAAAGAGCGAGUUCAGAUUGAACUGGUUUAUGAGGAGGCAGAUGUGUGAUUAUCAUUACUAAAUAGAUGUCAUACUGCUUUUAAAACUACAUUUUUCUUCAACAUCCUGGAUGUCUGAACUAAGCAGUGUGAUGUGAACAAUCACUGAAGGAGGGAAGUGAUUCAUACGUUCAAGUGAUUCACUUUCAGUAAUAAUGAGAGUGAAAGGUCAUGUACUCAUCAGCUCAGAUAUCUCAAGUCUUGCUCAAAGCAGUAAUAGGGAAAGGAGGGUCUUGUAAAUGAUUUCUCUUAAUAUUUUACAGAGAGCAUGUAAUUCUGUACAAAGCUUUGGGGUUGACUUUUCCAUUCUGUAGAUGUGCUAGAAAGAGGUUGUUACUGUUGAAUGUACAUAUCUUCACAUGACUGUGGGAGCACAGUGCACAUGUUUAAUGAAAUAAAUAAUGUUUUUAUGGUUA